UAAAUAAUAAGCUGACUCCAUUGUCAGAGGAGGAGCUAGCUAGGCCUGUCAUCAAUGGCUACUCUCUGUUUUCUUCUUCUGAUAUCCAUCUUACUCGUUUUGGUUCACAACUGCAGCAGCUCCAGUGAUCUUGUGCUCACUGUUGCAGCAGAUGGUUCAGGGAAUUUUACGACGAUAAGAGAAGCGAUUGAGUUUGCUCCCAGCAGAAGCUCUGAUCGUAUAAGGAUUAUGGUGAGCAGUGGAGUGUAUGAGGAGAAUCUGGUGGUGCCGCCGGAGAAGGUGAAGAUAUCUCUUAUAGGGCAGGGAAGCCGGAGAACUAUAAUUACUGGGAACAGGAGCCUGGAUGGUGGGUGGACUACCAUGACUUCUGCAACUCUAGCUGUCGAAGGGGCCGGCUUCGCCGCCUCCGACCUGACAAUCCAGAACACCGCCGGGCCAUCAAACGGCCAAGCCGUCGCCCUCCGCGUGGAAUCCGACCACUCCGUCUUCUACCGCUGCAUCAUCGACGGCAACCAGGACACUCUCUACGCCCGCGCCGCCCGCCAAUUCUACCGCGAAUGCGACAUCCGCGGCACCGUCGAUUUCAUCUUCGGCGACGCCACCGCUCUCUUCCAAAACAGCGUUAUCCAACCUAAAGGACUCAAAGGCGGCACCAUCACCGCCCAAGCCCGCGACCAUAGAAGCUCUUCGACCGGCUUCUCCUUCGACAGAUGCGUCAUAGAGCCGUUUUCAGACGAUGUUCCUGCGGGUUCUUUCUACUUGGGGAGGCCGUGGAGGUCGUAUGCGAGAGUGGUGUUCGUGAGGAGUUAUAUGGAGGAUGUGAUUAAUCCGGCGGGGUGGGUGGCGUGGGAUGGGGCGGGGAAGGAGGUGCCGGAGACGAUUUUUUAUGGGGAGUUUGAGAACGAAGGGGCGGGGGCGGCGAAGAAGGGGAGAGUUCAGUGGAAGGGGGUGCGGAGGUUGGGAAGAGGGGAGGCGGCGGGUUUUUCUGUUGCUGAUUUUAUUCAGGGGGAUUUGUGGAUUCCGGCGACGGGAGUUCCUUUUGAUCCUCAAAUUUGA